UAGCCAAUCGCAGUCACCCAAGUCACAGCAGCAAACCAACAGGAAGAAAAGAUGGCGGCGAGGAACGGGAAGAAUGGUCUACUGGAAAAAAUGUGAAGAUACAGAAGAUUACACAACUGUGCACAUAAGUCAUGCUCAUCAUCUUCAGCGCAAGCAUAUGGUGUUUAGAAAAUGUUUUAUUUUCUUUUUGCAGUUGAGAAAUGUGGAGGAUUGAUGAAAAGCCUGUGAAGAUCGACAAAUGGGAUGGUGCAGCGGUGAAGAACUCUCUAGAUGAUGCAGCUAAAAAGGUUCUGAUCGAAAAAUACGGCUACAUUGAGAACUUCAAUUUAGUCGAUGGACGUCUCUUCAUUUGCACGGUCUCCUGCCUUUUUGCCAUUGUAGCUUUAAUUUGGGACUACCUGCACCCGUUCCCAGAGUCCAAGCCUGUACUGGCCUGCUGCGUCAUCUCAUACUUCAUCAUGAUGGGGAUUUUGACCCUCUACACCUCUUACAAAGAGAAGAACAUCUUCCUGGUGGCCAUGCAGAAGGACCCAGCUGGUAUGGACCCGGAUCACAUCUGGCAGCUUUCCUCUAGCCUAAAAAGGUUUGAUGACCAGUAUACUCUAAGAAUGUGUUUCACUGAUGGGAAAACCAAGCAGUCCAGGGAGACUGAGUUUACGAAGUCAGUCGGGGCGUUCUUCGACGAGAAUGGGACGCUGGUGAUGGACCAAUAUGAGAAAUCUGUCUCAAAGCUUCAUGAUACAUUGGCCACAGACAAGAAGACAAAGUAACGUUUAGUAGAAACUGGCUGCACUGGCCUUCAGUGACUCAGCACAUGCAGUAACGGUGGCUUUAGUGAGUGUUAUCAGAGUUUAGCUCACAGCUAUAAUGUUACGUAAGGUCAGCACAGUGUUCUAUUGCUUCUGUUAAAGAAAUGGUCCAGUUUUCCUUUUUGUUAACUUUUUUUUUUUUUUUUUUUUUUAAUAAAUGCAAGUUCAGUUUAUUCUGGUGUUUCCUUUUAAUGCUCUUAAUAAAAAUCCAGACAUUGUUACAAAAUGCAUAGAAAAACAGUGUUCUUCAAUAGAAUGAGAAUUUAUGGAAAAUGUAACAAUCACUUUAAAGAAUUUGUUCACCCAAAAGUCUAUAAAUGUAUGUUUUUCAUAAAGAGCAGUUACCAUGAAGUUUUUAGGUGUUGGGAGGAUAUUUAUAUUUUCAUAAAGCAAAAUAAGUCCCUCCUUACUUUAGGAGUGUUUUUGGAGGUGAUCCACAAUAGUGCGCCCACAUUUCAUGAUGCCUUGUGAAGAUGUGUGUGUGUAUAUAUCUUCACGUGUAUAUUAAUCUUUUCAAUCUGCACAUUUUUUUCUAUUCUGAAUUCUACUUGUUGUUUAGGCUUUGAAAGACAACGCAAAUCAGAAAAGGGACUGUGUCCAUCUGUUUAGUUGUUCCCGUGUCGCUCUGUUACUUUUAUGUUUGGCCAUUUAAUCUUAAACCAGGGAUAAUCAUUUUAUGUUCUUGUUUUUUUUUUUUUUUUUUUUUUUUUUUUUUUUUUGGAGCAUUGGAUCAGUUUUGACCUGUUUUUCACACUCAGGAGUGAAUGGACCUGAAUUUCCUGUUUUUCUUUCUGUGUCCUGUCAACAAAUAUUUUCAAGUAGAUUAUCUAUAAUUUAUUUAGAAAGAACUGUACAUCUGGAUGCAGUCUGUUUCUCCAUAUUGUUUAAUAUUAGGCUUGCUGAAUUCCUUGAAGGAUUCUAAGCAUUUUUGUCGCAUGAUAUUUAGCUUUGGCUACCCAUAUUGUAUGUGCCUGUUAUCAAACAAACAAAAAAUUAAAUAUAAAGUGAUAUUGCAUUUUUA